AUGUCUAUGGAAUUCGGAAAUGUUCAGUCGGCGGCCAUUGAAGGCGCGACUUUUACCUUCAAUCUCGACGAUGCGCCAGCUCAAAAGCAGAAGGAUGGCACUCCUUUGAAGCCUUGUCCCAGGACCGAUUGCGUCGCACAUCGAACAAAGCAAACGCAGCUUGAAUGGGAGCUCAAAGAAGUGCGCAUGUUGGCCCAACAAAAGGAAGAGCAGGUGUCGACAAGAGUCGCCCAGCUCGAAUCCUAUGACCAAAGACUUCAAGCGGCACAUAUCGAUCUUGCAGCUUUUGAACCUAUCGUUGCGAAAUUGGAAGCAGGUUACAUCGAAGAAAAGAGGAAGAACGAAAAUUUCGCACUUCUCGAAGAAAGAUACAUUCAAGAGAAGAGGAAUCUCGAAGCAAGAUAUACCGCAGAGAAGAAGAAGCAAACCGCCGAGUACGAGGGUCUAAGAGAGAAACACUUUGACCUACAGAAUAAAAUGGCCGAGUCAAAAGUAGAUAACGCUGCUAUUAUAGAGGAGCUUGAAGCGCAGAUUACAGAUUUGGAGUUAGCGAUUACAGAGAAGGACAAAUACAUUGGAUAUGUCGAAACUCAAAUGAAAGGUAGGGAAGAGAGGUGUGUCGUUAGAGAAGGUCGAUGCGACGCUAUCGAGGGAGAAAGACGCACUUUGAAGCGCAACGUACUGGAGCUCCAAAAGGUUAUCGAUGAUAUGCAGAGAAAAAUGGAAGAUAUGCACGCGGAAAAUGAGGCAAUGAUUUACGAAUUGAAAAUCUGCAAGGAAGAUCUGGCGGACCUUACAAUCGAAAAGGAAAAGCUCGUAAACCGUGUGGCCGCUGAAAAGCAAAGAGUUGAUGAUUUCAGAGACGAUGCUAGAGAGAUUCAAAAACAAAACAAAAAGAUACACGAUGAUUUGGUGAAAAAAGAGCAGGAAACUCAGGCGCUUCUUGAAAAUAUGGAAAAGGCCAACAAAGAUCUUGUGACCAAAGGAGGAGUUGGAGCAUCACCAGAAGUGCAAAAGCUGAUGAGAGACUAUAUCGAGAUGUGCCGCAGUAUCAUACAACAGAUUAUAGACACUCGAAAGGCCCAAACCCCAGGUUUUAACCCAGCCCCAGGAACUUACCAACCCAAGGACGGUGAUAGUGGUAAAAGUUCAGCGGCAGGUAGCAAAGAACCUAGCGAGAGCAGCAGCAGCAGUAGCAGCUCUUCCGAAGCCGAGGAAGAAGAGGGGGAAAAAACCAGACGUCGCGGACAUGGCCCUGCUGCUGGUCCUGAGAUUCAAAUUCAGAUUAAAGAAGUAGAAGUGAUUCGAGAAGUUUACAUUCCCGGCCCUGAAAUUCUCGUUCCUGGUCCUACUAUUGAAGUUCAGGUCCCUGGUCCUAUUCAAUUCGUUGAUCGCGAGAUACCUGUGCCAGGACCUACCGUAUUCGUCGAUCAACCAGGUGAAGCUAUCCCGGGACCAAUUCGUUAUACGCCAUUCCGAGUGUUCGCUCACAAUCCCGUCAUCUGCUGGCUCUUGGUCGAAUUCAAUUUCCUCAUUCUUUUCUUCCACUGGUGUAAGCAUCUGUUGAAGGUUCUUAGUUGGCUCCCUGCAUUGACUAUUGGACUGGGCCCCUGGAAUCCAACAACUCCUGAUGAAGAUUCCGAUUCCGACGAGUCUGACGCAGCUGACGACGAUGAUGCAGCUGGAGAACCUCCGGAUGUUGAUAGGCCACCCAAAACUGGACCUAAACUUCUCUCUGUAUUAUUCAAUCCAAAGCAUGGAAGAUUACCAAAUGCCUGGGAUACUUUUUGGGGUUUGGUAUUUCAUAUGGUCGUCUAUAGUGCACUCUGGUUGUUUCUCUCGGUUGCUUACGAACGCAAACUUUGGCUUGCAGAAAACGAUUCUACUCGUAGAUGGCUUUGCCAAAUCAUUGCGCAGCACGGCGGUAAUGGUUUCCUUGGCAUGAAUCAAAUCUUGCCUCAACGUGUCAUUCGUCUAUUAGAGAUAUGGAGGUUUGAACUUCUGGAGCGUAUGGGCUAUCCUGUCGCAUAUCAGUUCCCUGGUUGA